AUGUUUUCUUAUCUUUUCCAUCAUUCUUACAUUUCAUUCUUAUUCUCGCUUUCCGUCACUGUUUCCUUAAUGCAUUCUUGUUCUCUCCUGAAAUUUUUAUUCGCUCUUAAUUGCUUUUCAUUUCUUUUCUCUUUUUCUUUUAUCUUUCUCCUCCUUAUAUUAUUCCAUCUUUUUUUUAUUUCAAUUCCCCUCUUUUCAUUUUUUAUAUUUCGUAUUGUUGCCGCACCAUUUUGUUUCUAUUUUCUUUUCUCUCCAUUUCUUUCUUCCUUCAGCUUGUCAUCCUUUUCUCUUCUCAUCAUUAGUAUUUAUUUUACCUUCACGUUUUUUUUCCUUGUCUUCUAUUGUGUUCCCUCUCUUUUCCUUGUUUUUCUCUUUCUCCUUCCUUCUUUCUCUUCCUAUUCAGGCAUCGUUUUUACAUUCAAACACGAUUCUCUCUUUCUUUCAGAAAUUGACAAACACAGUGGUUUUUCCGUGUCACCAUCUUUUUGUCUCUAUCGUUCGCUGUUUCUUUUCCUUCGUUCGCUGUUUCUUUUCCUUCGUUCGUUGUUUCUUUUCUUUCGUUCGUUGUUUCUUUUCCUUCUUUCUUUAUUUCAAAAAGCCAAUAAUCUGAAUAUGCAUCCCUUUUUUUACUCUUUGUAUCGGCAUUCUUUCGUUUCGUUUUUUUCUGUUUCUUUUUUCUCUCUUUUAAUUCUUACUCUGUCUGUUGCCUUUUUCUUUCUUUUUUUCAUUGGUCUUUUCUGUUUUACGAGACGUGAUUCUCUGAUUUUUUUCUUUCUCUCUCUCUCUCUCUCCGUCUUUCGUUAUCCUUUCUUUCAAAAAAUUCGCAUAGCGAACGAUUUAAAAUGUAUCAAUUCUUAUCUGUUUAUUUUUGACCUUAUUUUUUCCCACUUUUUUAAAACUUUCUUUCUAAUCUUCCGAUCUUUUUUGCGAUAUUUUAUCUCAGUUUCCAUAAAUUACGACGUUUACUUGUUAUUUUCGAUAACUUAG